AGGGAAAGAGAGCCGAUAAUAUAAUACAGACAAGUAGAGCUAACUCCAUAUCUACGGUGGCAGUCACAUCGCAUCCCUUUCUCCUCGCCAUCUCCUUCUCCUCAUUCACAUCUUCUUCUUCCCAAAAAUCACACCCGAAAAAAAGAAAAAAAGAAAAAAAGAGAAAGAAAGAAAUUCUUAUAAAUGCCUGCUUUUCUUAUUAGUCCAACUCCAAUUAUCACUCCCAGCGGUAUCAUCAUCACUAGCAGCAGCAGCUUCUGCGUCACUUCCCUCACUCCAACUCGCCGCCCUCUGGUGCCGGGUCUUGCAUCCCGCUGCUCCCGUUCCCUCUCAGAUAUGGAUGGAACCUCGGGCUCAAGUUUGUACCCCUUACACCGUUGCAAAACCAUUCACCUGGUCAGGCAUGCACAAGGAAUCCACAAUGUUGAGGGGGAAAAGAACUACAAAGUUUACAUGAGUCCUGAAUAUUUCGAUGCACACCUGACUCCACUGGGAUGGGAGCAGGUUGACAAUUUGAGGAAACAUGUCCGAACAUCUGGACUUCUGAAGAAAAUUGAUCUGGUCAUCUCCUCUCCUUUGCUAAGGACUUUGCAAACAGCUGUUGGAGUGUUUGGUGGGGAUGGCUACUCUGAUAAUAAAAUGGAUGCACUGCCCCUUAUGGUAGCAAAUGCAGGAAAUAGUGGGCGCUCUGCUAUAUCAAGUCUUAACAGUCCCCCGAUUAUGGCUGUUGAACUUUGUCGAGAGCAUUUGGGUGUUCAUCCUUGUGAUAAGAGGAGAAGCAUUAGCGAUUACCAGUUCCUUUUUCCUGCUGUUGAUUUUUCAGCGAUUGAAAGCGAUGAGGAUGUGUUGUGGAAGGCUGAUGUUAGAGAAACCAAAGAAGAGCUUGUUGCUCGGGGUUUGAAUUUCUUCAACUGGUUGUGGACAAGGAAAGAGAAAGAGAUAGCAAUUGUAACUCACAGUGGAUUCUUGUUUCAUACGCUAAGUUCGUUGGGCAAUGACUGUAACCCUUCGGUGAAGAAGGAGAUAUGCCAACACUUUGCAAAUUGUGAACUCCGCUCCAUGGUCAUCGUCGAUAAAAGUAUGCUCGGGUCAGACCCACCUACAACCAACUAUCCCGGAAAAAUCCCUUCCGGACUUGACCUUCCAAGCAGUGCAGCAGAUAAGAAAGCUGAGAAUGAGAACUCACACUCCGGUUUGAAGUAGGACGACUGGAAAGAAACAGUGGUCUCAUUAACCGAUUUCUCUGGCGGAGCUGGUGCAUGCAAUUUCAGGAAGCUUUUCUGCUUCUAACGUGACAACGAUACCUUGAAUAUGACGGGUACUGCAUUGUGUAGCUAAUUGAAAUAGAUGGGACAUUGUGUAUGUAAUCAAGAAAAUUGCAGCUGUUCAGAUUACUGCAAAUUUUCUCAAGCAAUUUGCUGGUCUCGAACAGAUUACAGCAUCUAUUAUCUUUGAUUUUCGCAUUGGUUCGUUACCAUGGAUAUGACUGAAAAUUUAACGCAAUACGAGGUUUGGAAUUUCGAUA